AACUAACACGUAUUGGAAACUAGAUUAUAUUAAAACGCCGGCCCAGGUCUGCAAAGUCCUUUCCAGCUGCAAAUCUUUCGCCACGGUGUCUGUCACGCCGGGAUUUGGUCACCAAAUAAACGUCAGGCGCAGUCAGGAGCCUCAUUGCGACACUAGAAGGUUGUGAAAGACCAGAUAAGCCACUCUGGGAAUGGGACCACAAAUCAGAAGCAAGAAGAACUUUGCCCUCUUUCGGGUCUUCCCACUCCGAAGACAUCUUUUCAUCCAAAGGGAAUAAACUUUUCCACUGAGCAGAAGAAGGAACAGGUGUAAGAUAAUCACAAAUGGGAUAAAGUAGAGGUAUUUGUUUUUUUCUUCGCCAAAUAGGCAUGUACCCUGUAAGUUUUUACUUACAAACAUUUUUUACAGUUGGAGGUUUAAGAAUAGAGCCACUGACUUUUGAAAACAUUUAUGACAAGCUUUAAACGGAGUUGUGGGGAUCCUGUAAUCCACACAAGCUCUAUCCUAGAAUAACGCAACGGAAGUCUUUUGUUAUAAAGGCUGUGAUUUCUAAAGGUGCGUCUCUGGGGCCCUGGUGUAUGGCGCUAAAAGGUAGGAGCAGACACAGAGGUUUAUUGGUUUCCGUCUGAGUUACAAUGGCAAAGUGGUUCAAGGAGUUCCCCAUCAAUCUGAAGAAUGGUACCGACAGGAUCCGCUCAGCCUCCGAAUCAGGCUCACAACCAAGAGCCAACAAAGCCGGGCUGGUGGCUAGCAUUGGUACCAAAACAACAGGCUCCAAAACGGGCCAUCGCAAAAACUCCUCUGCUGACAGCACAGGCGGAGGAGGUGGAGGAGUUGGAUCUCUCCUGUCCGGAAGAAACCGAAAGAACUCAGCCAUAGAGUUGAGUAGAAACGGUGUGAGCCCCCCGAAAGAUGGAAAGGUUUGGGACAACCUCCUAUCUGGGAAAAGUCGCAAGAACUCCAAAGCGGAGCCGGUGUUUGAGGAGCAGCUCAGACCCGUGAAAAGCUCUCCAUCUGCCAACGCUUACAUCAACCGGCUGAUUAGAGUGGACAAACAGGACAAAAGCUCCAACUUCAACAGCGGCACCAUCACCAGUCAAGUGGCACCUGAAGCAGAGAAACCAGUCCAGUGCAAAACAGAAACAGUGAUCAUCCUUGAGGACUACGCAGAUCCCUUUGAUGCUCAGAAGACCAGAGAGCAAAGGGAGGCAGAGAGGGUUGGAGAGAACGAUGGGUACAUGGAGCCUUACGAUGCCCAGCAGAUGAUCACUGAGAUCAGACGUCGGGGGUCGAAGGACCUGCUGAAGGUGUGUGUGCUGAUGGAGGCAAGUGAGGGAACGGUGGAGGAAGGUCAGCCUGUGCCCUUACAGAUAUACGACGUCCCGUAUGAGGGAGGCGGUGACAGUGACAAGAUGGCAGUCACGCGGCCCGAGCUGGAUCCUCGUCCCUCCACCGAGUACGAGCUGCCCUGGGAGUGGAAGAAGGAGCACAUUGUCAGAACUCUGUCAGCGCAGUUUGACAGCCCUGCCAAAGAUGAGACACCUCACCCCACACUCACCAGACAGCCCCAACAUCCGCCAGCCCAGCAGCAUCAGCAUCAGCAUCUGAGGCAGAAAAGCUGGACCCAGAAGAUCCUGCGAUCCUCCCCCCCAACCCUGUCGCCGUCCUCCACCCCCUGCAGCAACCCUGAAACUGAGGCUUGCUGUGUUGACCCCUCCCUGCCCCUGGAAAAACAGAGCUGGUACCAUGGCUGUGUGACUCGUCAGGAGGCGGAGUUUCAGCUGCAGUCCUGCAAAGAGGCCAGCUUCCUGGUCAGGAACAGUGAGUCGGACAACAGCAAGUACUCCAUCGCCCUCAAGACGAGCCAAGGCUGCGUUCAUAUCAUUGUCGCCCAGACCAAAGAAAACGGCUACACCCUGGACCAGAGCAGCUGUGUGUUCCCCAGCAUCCCAGAGGUGGUGCACCACUAUUGCACACAGCGUCUGCCUUUCAAUGGUGCCGAGCACAUGACUCUGCUGCACCCAGUGCCUCGCGUCCACUGACUCCACCCCAGCCCAGUUUAAGUAUACAAAACAAACACCCCUCUGGGCCAGCAUGGACCAAAUGUUUCCAAAAAGUCACCUCACCUCUGAUCAAUGUGUACGUCUACUGCUCUGCCCUUUUUAAGCAGGUCUCACUUUGACAAUACUUUAUGUGUUAUAUGUAUGAUUUUUAUUUGAUCAUCAGAAAAUAUUUGCAGCUCACUCUGUGUCUAGAAACUCUGGAUGUCUUCUUCUGUCUUUAUUUUACUUUGAUGUGUAGCUGAUGCAAAACAUCUAGGCUGCUGUUUUGCAUAUGAACAUCGGGGAAGCAAAGCGCAGACGACGAGGGACUUUUAAUGAUUAAAUGUGACUUGUUGAAUUGGAUUGGGACCAAGACUCUUACACAGAUGUGAUGUUUUAAUUAUCCAGAAGAUACACAUGAUAUUUUUGUUAUUGUUACUAAGUGAAAUUUACUAUGAAGCAGAAAGUGCUUUUGAUACAACGAAACUCAUUAGUUUGUGGCUUUCUUUCUCCCUCUGGUGGAUGUGCUGGUACACUGCACCAGCAUGACAACACAAAGAAUUGCCUUCUUUACUCAGAAUUGAUAGUUGAUAGUCAAAUCCAUGCACAGGGCAUAUCAUUCCGCUUAUCAAGAUAUGAACAAAGAGCAGCUAUUUUAUGUUUAUGCCCGCAGCAUAUUGCUAAUUUAUGCUCUUAUUCUUGUUAAUCGUCUCUAACCACUGUCCCUUGAGGAUUUCCUCUGUUUUACUGUGAAUGAGGGCAUUGUUUCUACUGUAUUAUCUGCACUGUGAAGAGUGAGUGAUUCACCCUGAUGCAAUGUGCUUGAAAGACCAUGGAUUUACAAAAGUGUGUUUUAUAACAAUAACUGAGACUACGUUUCAUCUUUAGUUUUCAGCUAAAGCCUGUUUAUUCUGACUAAUAUCUGUAAAAUAAACCUGCAAAUUAUUGUGAUUUGUGGUAAGAAAACGUUGUAAAAUUAAUGUCUUAUGUCAAACUUGUUUAGGUCUACAAAUGGGGAUCAUUUACAGAUAUAAGUGUGAGAAAUUAAUGACAAAUAUUGAAAUAAAACAAACAAGAAAAAACAGUUUAAAUAUCAGCAUAAAAAAGUAUCAGUCUUGUCAUAGCUUCUCUCUUUUUUUAAUAUUGUUCAUUUAGACCCUUGUCGCUAAAAAGUAAUGCUGUUCUCCCUCAGGGUCUAAUGCCCCGUGGUGCUAAGAGGUAGAACACCAAAGUGAGAUGUGGUAACUUUAUUAUAGUCUUAUUUGUCUUCAUGUAUUCUAAAUGUAUCAAAAACAUUUGACAUGGUAUGUGUACUCUUAAUUUAGAGAUAUGCUGGAAAUCAUUUUGAAAACUCUGAUAUGUAACACAGCCUGAUGUUAGCCAUCAGGAUGACAAUAAAAUAUGGUAUAAAGGUUA